UUUACCUUGAUAAUUGUAAAUGUACAGCUUCAUGGCGCGAUUUGCCAUGAUUGAUGAACAACGAUGGCCUCUUCAGCUAGAACUAAAUCAUCGAAACGCAAACUGACCCACUCUAAAUUCCACAAACCUCCGAAGCAUCUGCGCCGUGGGUCUUACCGCGCGGAUGACAGCUUUGAGCCCCUUAUCAUCCACCGCGUUAUCUGCGACUGCGAGGGAUAUCAUUACGACCAUCAAUCGCAUGCAGAUUAUUUCGAUAUCCCCCAGCUGUUUGAAGGCGAUAGUAAGGCGAGCGCUCUAAGAGGUGAAUCGCCAAUAGAAAACACCGAUGAGUAUUUUGAGCAGUAUAAAGAUGUUGUUCUUGCCUUAUUCAAGGUAUACAGCUGCAACGCCUAUCACGAUGCUGUCGAGCAUAAAUUUGAAAUGCUCCGGGCUCCCAAGAACCCCGAUGUUGAGGCUCUGGAGCGAUAUUUCUACCGCCUGAAUGAGGAUUGCGAUUCACGUACCCCACAAUGGGAAGAACUGGUGAUCGUGUCCGAGGACUUGCAAAAUGAAAUCAAAGAAGUCACAGGGUUAUUCGUUGAACGUGUCUUAACCCAGCGACAAUCUACUGAGAUGGAUGCUAUCGUCAAUGGUCUUUACAACUAUUCGCGGCGAAUUAAACGCGCUGGCGAUGAAGUAAAUGGGAGAAGUAGGGAACAUAUUGCAAAUUUCAUUCGCUGGGUAGAGAUUGUAUUCAGAAAUGAAUACGAGGAGGCGGAUGAUUUGUUUGUAGCUGGCCGAGUCGCCAUAUCCCAUCUCCCAAAACUGUUUGGCCCAGAUGAAAUUAUAGUGACCACCCAAGGAGACCAGCCUCAAGCUUAUGUCGUGGCGGAAUACCCAGAGCAAAACGAUGACACACUGGAGAUACCCUGCUAUACAUGGAGCUUUAAUGGGCGCUUUUGGCGAAAGCAUACGAAUCUUGUUGUUAAAUGGCCCUUUUCAGAGGACGAGGUUUCCAUCUAUGACCUGAGCACCUAUCCUCUACGUUUUGAUGAGUCAAUGAGACAACGUCUUCUGGACCGUGGUAAAACAUUUUGGCAAUACCGGGAGAGGAGGUUCGUAUCUUAUUCUCCAGCUAACUCUCCAUUUGAAUUCCAAACAGUAAGCACCACCAGCUCCACGUGCUCCCGGCUCUACGAUCUAAUUUAUACAUAGAACAAACCGCGUUAUAUGGUGGAUGUGAAAACCUAUCAUCACGUUCAUCCUGAUGAAGCUGGUACAACAGAAUUGGACUACCUUGAAACCGAGGCACAUGAUAACGGAGAUCCCCCCAAUGAAACAUUCCAACUAUUACUUCCGGCUACUAUUCCGGGUUUUGGGUUUCAUAAUAAGAAAUGGAUAACUCUAUUGGUAGAGAAUAUCAGAGAAAUCGAGUGGAACGCUGAGGCUUUCAACCACCUCGUGCUUAAAAGCACCAAGAAG